AAGCCCGCCGGCGGCCACGCCAUGAAGGAGGAGACCUUGCUCAGGUGUCGCUUCGCGCUGUGCCCGCCGGCCUCCGCCCCGCCGAAGGCAGACCUGCGGAAGCUCAGCCGGAACCUGCUCCUGGGCACCGACAGCGAGCUCUGCCCUCUGGGCCCAGGGAAGACCACGGAGCCCAACGGUCCAUCGCUGCCGAGGGACGAGGGGCCCCCGACCCCAGGCUCUGCCACCAGGGUGCCACCGGCAGAGUACAGGCUGUGCAAUGGGUCCCCCAAGGAGUGUGUGUCCCCGACAGCCAGGGUCACCAAGAAGGAGACCCUGAAGGCGCAGAAGGAGAGCUACCGGCAGGAGAAGAAGCGAGCCACGAGACAGCUGCUGAGCGCGCUGACCGACCCCAGCGUGGUCAUCAUGGCCGACAGCCUGAAGAUCCGCGGGACCCUGAAGAGCUGGACGAAGCUGUGGUGCGUGCUGAAGCCGGGCGCGCUGCUCCUCUACAAGAAGCCGCAGGUGGGCCAGUGGGUGGGCACCGUGCUGCUGCACUGCUGCCAGCUCAUGGAGCGGCCCUCCAAGAAGGACGGCUUCUGCUUCAAGCUCUUCCACCCGCUCGACCAGUCCGUGUGGGCCGUGAAGGGCCCCAAGGGCGAGAGCGUGGGCUCCAUCACCCAGCCCCUCCCCAGCAGUUACCUGAUCUUCAGAGCCGCCUCGGAGUCAGACGGCCGCUGCUGGCUGGACGCCCUGGAGCUGGCCCUGCGCUGCUGUAGCCUCCUGCGCCUGGGCGCCUGCAGGCAGGGCCGUGAUGGGGAGCCAGGGUCCUCGCCCGACGCCUCGCCUGCCUCGGCCGCCGUCCACCCCGACCGGCACCUGUUCCCACUGAACGGGGCCGCCUUGGAGACCCGCCUGGAGAGUGACGCUUUGUCAGACAAGUGGGAGAGAGAGGACGGUGAGGAGUCAGACGCCGACGCCCAGGACCAGAGCCGCAGGACCAACGGGAGCGGGAGCGACCAGUCAGAGCCCCCGGGGGGCCCGGUGCUCCGAGGGACCACCUACCUGGAGCAGGUCCAUGAGGAGCUUGGCGAGCUGGGCGCGGCGUCGCAGGUGGAGGCGGUGUCGCAGGAGAGCCGGGGCCUGCUGUGGCUGCUGCUGCGGCAGCUGCGGCCCGGCGUGGACCUGGCCCGCGUCGCGCUGCCCACCGGCGUGCUGGAGCCGCGCUCCUUCCUCAGCAAGCUCUCGGACCACUACUACCACGCCGACCUGCUGUCCAGGGCCGUGCUGGAGGACGACGCCUACGGCCGCAUGAGGCUGGUGCUGCAGUGGUACCUGUCCGGCUUCUACAAAAAGCCCAAGGGAAUCAAGAAGCCGUACAACCCCGUGCUAGGGGAGACCUUCCGCUGCUGCUGGUUCCACCCCGAGACCGAGAGCCACACCUUCUACCUGGCAGAGCAGGUGUCACACCGCCCCCCGGUGUCCGCAUUCCACGUGAGCAACCGCAAGGACGGAUUCUGCCUCAGCGGCAGCGUCACAGCUCGGUCCCGGUUCUACGGCAACUCCGUGUCGGCUCUGCUGGAUGGCAAGGCCACGCUCACCUUCCCGAGCCGGGCGGAGGACUACACCCUCACCAUGCCCUACGCCCACUGCAAAGGAAUCCUGUAUGGCACCAUGACCAUGGAGCUGGGCGGGAGAGUGACCAUCAGGUGUGAGAAGAACAGCUUGCAGGCCGAGCUGGAGUUCAAGCUCAAGCCGUUCUUCGGGGGUAGCGCCAGCAUCAACCAGAUCUCGGGGACGAUCACGCGUGGGACGGAAGUCCUGGCGACGCUCAGCGGACACUGGGACCAGGACGUGUUCAUCCAGGAGGCAGGGAGCGGCAGCACCAAGCUGUUCUGGUCCCCGCUUGGGGAGUUCCGCGGGCGGCGGCUAAAGCUGCGCACGGUGCCGCUGGAGGAGCAGACGGAGCUGGAGUCCGAGCGGCUGUGGCAGCACGUCACCAGGGCCAUCCGCGAGGGCGACCAGCUCAGGGCCACGCAGGAGAAGUCGGCGCUGGAGGAGGCGCAGCGGCAGCGCAGCCGCGAGCGCCAGCAAAGCCUCACAGCCUGGCUGCCCCAGCUCUUCCAGCAGGACCCGGUCACCCAGGAGUGGCGCUACCGGCACGAGGACCGCAGGCCCUGGGACCCCACCAAGGACAUAGCCCAGUACGAGCAAGACGGGAUCCUGCACACCCUGCAGCGUGAGACCCUGGCCCGUGAGACCCCCUUCCUGGGCAGCCCCGGGCCCGGGCACCAGAGGCCGGGCCCCGAGCGGCGUCUCCGCAAAGCCAGCGACCAGCCGUCUGGCCACAGCCAGGUCACGGAGAGCAGCGGCUCCACGCCUGAGUCGUGCCCUGAGCUCUCGGACGAGGACGGGGACGAGGACGGGGACCUGGCGCCCGGCAGCAAGAGCCCAUGUCCCAGGUGCAGGAGGGCGGCGCAGCAGCUGCAGGCCCUGCACGAGGCCGUGCUGUCCAUCCGGGGAGCCCAGCAGGAGCUGCACAGGCACCUGUCGGCCUUGCUGAGCUCCGCGGCGCAGCCCAGGCAGAGCCGCCGCUCCUGGCUCCUGCUCUGCGUGUUCCUGGCGUGUCAGCUGCUGGUGAACUACGUUCUCAAGUGAGCUCUGGGGCCAGCGUGGCCUCACGCGGGCCGACCCCGAGCCUCGCUGCCCGGCACACGGCAGCCACCGAGUCGCCGGAGCCGUGUGCAGGGACACAGCCGGCGGCUCCCGCGAGCCCCGCCCGGCGCCGGCCUUAACGCUCGAGCCAAAUGCAGCUUCCAUUGUGGGCACGCCCUGGCCAUCUCGCUUGCUCAUUCCUGGUCCGGCCUCCACGUGCCGCAAGGGACCAGUGGAUUGGGGGCUGGGGGCGCUUGCCAGGCCUCGGACGGCCACACCCCAGCAGCAGUGAGGGGAAAGCUUUGGGGCGCAGGCUGGGAGCCCCUAAGACUGGCACGGCCCUGUGUCAUCAGGGUCGCCCUGGAGGGGCCUCAGGUGGAUUCCAGGGGCCACGGCGAUGUGCCAGGGCCAGAGUCGUUGUGGUGCUGCUUGGACGUGAGCCCGGCGAGGUGGGCACUGGAAGCCCCAGGCCCCGGCCUGCCUGCCCGGCGAGGUGGGCACCGGAAGCCCCAGGCCCCGGCCUGCCUGCCCGGCGAGGUGGGCACCGGAAGCCCCAGACCCCGGCCUGCCUGCCCGGCGAGGUGGGCACGGGAGCGUGCCCGGGGAGCGGCUUCGCGGGCCCCAGCGCCCCCCCUCCAGGCCGGGGGACCCACGCUUGGCACUGUGCCCAGGCCAAGGCCGCCUCGCAUUUUCCACUUUUUUGAACACUGCAAUACUUCAGCCAGGCUGCGGCCCCAGGCCCCGCACCAGUGCCGCUCCGUGUGGGCGUCCACACGGACGUAUCCACACAGAGCCUUAAACGCCGCCGUGGUGGCGCCCUCUCCGUGGAACUCACCGGCCCACUCUGCGGUUUUGCACCCACGUUUCUGUCUCUCUCCUCCCCAGUUCCCGCACUGUCUGUACUCCGUGCCUGGAAAUAAACAGACAC